UUCUCUCUGGUUUUGUUUCUCAAUUAGAUAUUUGUCGAAGGGGCUGUCUCCGGUGCGCGAUAAGGCUGCCCUGUGAGAGGCACGCAGAACAGAGUGCGCGAAAAUGGCUUACCAUCUUUGCUCUUCACCUUCUUCUCUCUUCCAUGACAUACCCUCCAUUCCUUCUUCUUCUCGCAAGUUCAAACCUCGAAAUUCACCCUCUUCUUCUCUCACCCCACAACCCAAAACCCCUCUCCGUGCCACUCACGUCUCCUUGCACGAACCCAUUCCACAAGACGCAACUUUUGAUGACCCACUUGCAAAAUCCUCGUCCUCGUCCUCUUCCUCCUCGAAAAGUAGUUACAUCUGGGUCAAUCCCAGAAGCCCUCGCGCCAAACAACUUCAGAGGAAAUCUUAUGAUGCCAGGUACACUUCUCUUGCCAAACUCGCCCACUCUUUGGACUCUUGCAAUCCCACUGAAGAGGAUGUUUCUCAAGUUUUGAAGGACUUAGAGGGUAAGGUUCUAGAGCAAGACGCUGUCAUUGUUAUCAAUAACAUGACCAAUUCCCAUGUUGCCCCCCUCGUUCUUCAAUACUUUCAACGAAGAACUAGACCCUCCAGGGAAGUCAUUCUUUACAAUGUCACCCUCAAGGUGUUUAGGAAAUGUAGGGAUUUGGAUGCAAUGGAGAAGCUGUUUGAUGAAAUGAUUGAGAGAGGGGUCAAGCCUGAUAAUGUUACUUUUUCGACUAUAAUUAGCUGUGCUAGGAUUUCUUCUUUGCCGAGUAAGGCUGUGGAGUGGUUUGAAAAGAUGCCCUCCUUCGACUGUGAGCCUGAUGAUGUUACCUAUUCGGCUAUGAUUGAUGCUUAUGGCAGGGCGGGUAAUAUUGAUAUGGCUUUGAACCUGUAUGAUCGUGCCAGGACUGAGAAUUGGCGCCUUGAUACUGUUACCUUCUCGACGUUGAUUAAGAUGUAUGGGGUGGCGGGGAAUUAUGAUGGAUGUUUAAAUGUCUACGAAGAAAUGAAGGUUCUUGGUGUUAAGCCUAAUAUGGUUAUUUAUAACACAUUGUUGGAUGCAAUGGGGAGAGCUAAGAGGCCCUGGCAGGCUAAGACUAUACAUAUAGAGAUGACGAAUAAUGGAUUUUCGCCAAAUUGGGCAACUUAUGCAUCUCUGUUACGAGCUUAUGGUAGAGGGAGGUACAGCGAAGAUGCUCUCGUUAUUUAUAAGGAAAUGAAGGAAAAGCUAAUGGAAAUGAAUACCCAUCUUUAUAACACCCUUUUAGCCAUGUGUGCUGAUCUUGGCCUCAUUGAAGAAGCACUUGAAAUUUUUGAAGACAUGAGAAGUGCUUCAACUUGCCUUCCUGACAGUUGGACAUACUCGUCCUUGAUUACCGUAUAUUCCUGCAGUGGGAACGUUUCAGAGGCUGAAAGAAUGUUGAAUGAAAUGGUUGAAUCUGGAUUUCAGCCUACUAUUUUUGUUCUGACGUCACUUGUCCAGUGCUAUGGAAAAGCCAAGCGCACUGAUGAUGUUGUGAAGACAUUUAAUCAACUCUUGGAUCUGGGCAUCACUCCAGAUGACCGUUUCUGUGGUUGUCUUCUGAAUGUAAUGACCCAGACACCAAAAGAAGAACUUGGUAAGCUGAUUGAUUGUGUGGAGAAGGCAAAUCCAAGGCUUGGGUCAGUGGUAAGAUAUUUGGUGGAAGGGCUAGAGGAGGGUGAUGGAGAGUUUAGAGAAGAAGCAUCUGAACUCUUCAAUUCAAUUGCCAAUGAAGUAACGAAGGCCUUUUGCAAUUCUCUGAUUGAUCUUUGUGUCAACCUGAAUUUGUUGGACAGAGCAUGUGAGCUUCUGGACCUGGGGUUGACCCGUGAGAUAUAUACAGACAUACAGUCCAAGUCUCAAACCCAGUGGUCUCUGCAUCUAAAGAGUCUCUCACUUGGAGCUGCGCUGACUGCAUUACAUGUUUGGAUAAAUGAUUUGUCUAAAGCUUUGGAAUCAGGAGAGAAUCUUCCUCCACUGCUUGGAAUUAAUACUGGUCAUGGGAAACACAGGUAUUCAGACAAAGGUUUGGCGAGUGUAGUUGAAUCACAUUUGAUGGAACUUGAUGCUCCAUUCCAUGAGGCUCCGGAUAAGGCUGGCUGGUUUUUGACUACACAGGCCGCAGCCAAGUCAUGGCUGGAGUCGAGGGGUUCGUCUGAAUUAGUUGCAACAUGAUUUCUGAUCUCCAUGGUCUUAAGGGAUUCCAACAACAGCUUUUCUCCAUUGAUAAAUGUUAUUUCAGGGAAUGAUACGCCAUGCAGUUUUUAUGCAAUUUUCUGUCUUUUGAGGAAAUUUUUUGUAUUAGAUUCAUAUAUAAUAAUUAUUUAAUUUUGGAUGUCUUGUAGAGUAAAUGAAGAGCUGAUACUGCUAUAUAUUAUCUAGUUUGUUGGCUACUGGCUAGGUUUCUUUGCAAUUAAUGGAUCUAGGAAAUUGUAUAUUUCUUUGAAAUAUACGUACGCAUUUCUUGCCAAAUAUUCCUUUUUGAGGUGCGAUACAAACCCCAUUUGGCGUCAACCUUGUUAAGGUUACUUUCAUCAAUUUAUGUAAAAUGUGCGGAUGCUAAAGUAACUGCUAGCAUCUGCAAAAUAUCAUUUACACAUGAAAGGAUAAAUGUAAAUUCUUCUUGGCUCAGGAGUUUUUUCAGAUUCCUUUUAUUGAAGACUGUAGAAGUGUUGAUUGAAUUAACAAACUAAUGGAAGUGAUAGUUGGCAGAGACAAGUACACAAGGCAAAAUGGGGUCUUCCUUCUUACACAUGUUGCUGCAUGUGUUCCUAGUUUAAUGGCAAGAUCGAUGUGGCACAUCUUCCAGGACCACAAGUGAGAUGGUCGAGAGCAACAAA